AGUUGCGAACAAGAGCACAACAAAACAGAGUCGCAAAGAAUCGUGAAUGAAAAUAUCCAGAAAAAGGCAGUGGUAGUCGAAAACAUGGAGCAGCUACAAAAGCACUAAACCCUUGGGCAACCGGAGCACCGUCGCUGCAAGUGGUAUCGGUAAACAGAGGCCCUUUUCUACCAACCCCACGAACAACGGGGUCAAGUGGGGUGGUGCUGCUGCUGCUGCUGCUCGUAGAGUGUUUUGCAGUAAAGGUUCAGCGUUCCAGCGUGAAGCUAAUUAGAACCACAGUGUUGCCCUUGUGCGUUUGUGUUUAGUGAAAUAAUUAGCGCCAGAUUUUGGAUAAAGGCAAGCCGGGUCGCUGCGCUUCCCCAUUCGCGUCGGUGCGAGCGAAAUUGAAGAUGAGCGACGGGGAUGUCUGCACAGCCGCCGGUCGUCCUCCUCGCAGGCGAACACAAUGGGUGGCUUUGUUGUCGAGCGUCGCGUACGUCGCGGUCGGAACGGUGCUGCUAGCGUCCCUUACCACACCCAGCCCGGUCGGGGCCGUUUCAACUUCGGCGGCCGCGCUACGGCAUGGCGGUGGAACGAAGGACACCUUCGGAUGGGACGAUGCCGGGGACGAGGAAGAAGGCUACUGUGCGCCGUACAAUGGGAAGGUGUGCAAACGGUUCAUCAACAGCCGGCAGGUGUGGUACAGCCGGGAAGAUGGGACGGGCGGUUGGGAGAAUGAGAAAAUCACCACCGCCCUGUUUGAGGAUCUGAUCAACGAUCUGCCACCGUCGUGCCGUCCGGCAGCAGAGAAACUGCUCUGUGCGUAUGCGUUUCCGCAGUGCGUCAUCAAGGAUGGGGCCACGAUACGGUUGCCGCUGUGCUACGAAGACUGUGUGGCAACGUACCUGCAGUUUUGCUACAACGAUUGGGCGCUGAUAGAGGAGAAGAAGGAACGUGGCGAUGUGAUCAAGUCACGGGGACACUUUCGGCUGCCCAACUGCGAGGAUUUGCCGCGGUACAACAAAACGGCCAAACCGCCCGUUUGCUCGCAUGUUGGGCUGACCGAACUGGUGUCGGAGGAAGUUACUUAUGAUUGUCGCAUGGGAAAUGGAAGGUUUUAUCUUGGCACGGUAAAUGUAACGAGCACAGGUAUACCGUGCCAGAAGUGGGACUCGCAGGAGCCUCACUCACACCAUAAACCGCCACUGGUGUUUGCGGAGCUACAGGAUGCGGAAAACUAUUGCCGAAAUGCGGGCGGGGAAGAACCGACGCCCUGGUGCUACACAACGGACAAAACCGUUCGAUGGCAGGCUUGUGAUAUUCCACUCUGUCCCAACUCGACCGAUGCUAGCGACAUUCGCGGUAAGAUCGACAUGACCAUGGAAUCGGUCUUCACCCCGUCGAUGAUCUUUCUCCUCUCCGGCAUCGGUUUCGUGGCGAUCGUCCUGCUCCACCUGAUGGUGCUGCUUUGCUACCGUGUGUCGCGGCACCGGCGCAAUCGCCGACAGUCGGGCGCUGCCGGGUACAACCCAACCGCCACCGCACAGGACGGCCAGGGCAUCGACAUCAACAAGCUGCCCUCGAACGUAAACUACCACCGGACCGGUGCGCAGCUGAAUCCGAAGCUGGAAAAGCUGGAAUUCCCUCGCAACAACAUCAUCUACAUCAAGGACCUCGGGCAGGGUGCGUUCGGGCGGGUGUUUCAAGCGAAAGCGCCCGGUCUGGUGGCGGGCGAAGAUUUUACGCUCGUCGCAGUGAAGAUGCUAAAGGACGAGGCGAGCCAAGACCUGCAGGUGGAUUUCGAGCGGGAAGCCUGCCUGCUGGCCGAAUUUGACCAUCCCAACAUCGUGAAGCUGCUCGGCGUCUGCGCCAUCGGCCGCCCGAUGUGUUUGCUGUUCGAGUUUAUGGCGCGCGGCGAUCUGAACGAGUUCCUGCGCCAGUGCUCCCCGUUCGCGCAGCAAAACCGGGCGGACAGCAUCAGCACCGAGCUGUCGCACGGCGAUCUGCUCAACAUCGCGCACCAGAUCGCGUCCGGCAUGGUGUACCUGUCCGAGCGCAAGUUUGUGCACCGCGAUCUGGCCACCCGCAACUGUCUGAUCGAUGACCAUAUGGUGGUGAAGAUCGCCGACUUCGGGCUGUCGCACAAGAUCUACCUGCAGGAUUACUACAAGGGCGACGAGAACGAUGCCAUCCCGAUACGCUGGAUGCCGCUGGAAAGCAUCCUCUACAACAAGUACACGAUCGAGUCGGACGUGUGGGCGUACGGCGUUUGCCUGUGGGAGAUAUUCUCGUUCGCGAUGCAACCGUACUACGGCAUGACGCACGAGGAGGUGGUGAAGUUCGUGAAGGAGGGCAACAUGCUCGGCUGCCCGGAGAAUACGCCGCUAACCGUGUACGAUCUGAUGCGCAAGUGCUGGAGCCGCAAGCCGAACGAUCGGCCCAGCUUUCACGUGAUCUACCAGAAGCUGCAGCAGAUACGGGCCGAUUUCGACGGGAAGAUGCUGAUGUAGCCAGCUGGCUGAGCGGGAGAUUUGGGGGUAAGUGACAGCGGAGCAGCAGUAGCAGCAGCAGCAGCACUGCCGUAGGGAAGGCAAACUACAGAUAAAGAUAUAAUUCAAUUUCAUUCUGCAAUGUGGAGGGGGGUUUUUCUGUAAACUUUGAUACCGGAAGUAGUGCCAGUUUUGCUCUAAACCUACUAAAAAGUCAUUAUUUCUGCUGGACAGAGAGCGCGCGGUGGUAUCAGAAUCGGAAUUAGACUUUCCUGUAACCGUUGAUUCUCAGCAUCACAUCAUUUAGCUCAUAUUUUUAGAGAUCAUUCAUCUUUUUUUUAUAUUAUUUAUUACCCAUAACAAGCAUCAAACACCCAUUUUGUACGCAUAAUUCUCAAGACUUGACGCCACAAACGGCUCUUUUGCAAAGACUUUUUUUUGUAUUCACACAGGAACAGACUGCCAAUGAAAAUCUCAGUAUUUUAGUUAAUA